CUGUGUUUUUUCUUAUUUAAAUGAAAUAAAUGAGCUCAGAAUGAGUCCUACUACUACUACUUACUACUAGACUGUGACUAGAAAUUACUAGAUCUAUAUUGUCUAUAUCAGUGAUGUCCAACCUUAUUUGGUCUGCGGGCCAUUUUAAUUUGCGGCAUACGUGUCCCGGGCCAUAUCACCAAAAGGAAAAAAAAAUACAAUAAGCUAUUUUUAUUAGUUUUAUUUGUGGGCCUACUUACAUAAAUUCAUGUGAUGCAUGGAGUUUAUCCAAAACCAUCUUCUGAAUAUUUGUCUGCAUAGAUGAAACACCAAGUCGGAGCACUGAAUCUAGCUGUUCAUCCAUGGAUGAGAUUGCAAACAAAAAAACAACAACGAAAUUCUACUAUGUGCAGAAUAUAAUUAGAAGUUAUGAAUGUAAAUAAUUUCAUUCUUAGUGUAUAUGGGAAGUUUGAAAUAUAAAAAAAAUGAGUGCUGGACCUCUAGUAGUGGAAAUCAUUUUCACAUGUGCUUUGGCUGCUUUUUUACUCCAUCGUUAUGGUGAUCUAAAAAAACAGCACUUAUUGAUCACAAUUUGCUGCUUUAUAUCAUGGUAUUUCUCUCUGAUGAUAAUAUUUAUUCUGCCCCUGGAUGUUUCUCUAACAUUUUAUAGACAAUGUGUAUCAGAUCAUACUACAAAAUCAACGACAGUGGCCUACACUACCCUUGUAACCAACAGUUCUCACUUAUACAAUAUUACAACUAAUCCACAAGCUUAUGUUAAUAAUAAUGAAGUAGCCUCCAGCCAGAAAGUUUCAGAGUAUGUAGAUCAUGCUAACAACAGCUGUGAACAACCUGCAUCUUACAUACCAGAUCAAGUGCUGCCUAUUCUCUGGAGAAUUAUCUAUUGGACAUCACAGGUUUUAACCUGGUUAAUUAUGCCAAUGAUGCAGUCCUAUGCUAAAACAGGCGAUUUCACAGUGUUAGGGAAAAUAAAGUCUGCACUUAUUGAAAAUGCAAUCUUUUAUGGAACCUACUUACUUAUAUUUGGAAUUUGUUUAAUUUAUGUGGCAGCACAUGUUACCAUUGAUGGAGAGAAAUUAAAGAUAAUUGGUGUAACAGCAAGUAAUACCUGGGGUCUAUUUGUGUUGGUGUUGAUGUUAGGCUAUGGUUUGGUUGAUGUACCCAGAUCACUAUGGAACAAAUCAAAAAAAGGUUAUACAUUGUCAAAUACCUAUUUUAAAAUUGCUAAGUUAAGCACUGAAAAAACUGAAGCUGAAGAAGCAUUGGAAGAUGUGCUUGAGGAGACUCGGAGAACUGCUGAAAAAAUAAGAUAUAACCACCCAUUAAGAAAACAUAUGGAUACAAUAUUGACAAAGUGCCCAGAGAGUACACGUCAGUCAGUCAGAGGAAAAAAUGAUGACUUUGAAGACUUUAAUCAGCCACAGGAUAUUUUGUGUGAAAGUACUCUAGUCAAGCUGCAUAAGAAGGUGAUCAGGAGAAGUCAAAUUCAAAGACGCACCAGCAUUCUUUGGGCAAAUCUAAUCAACAAUGCACUUGAAUGGGAAGAUAUUGAUGCAAAUAUGCAAAACUCAGAGAGGAAAUACAGGCACUCUGAUUUGACCAAAGGAGUUUAUUACUUUCCUUGGAUACGAAAAAUCUAUAAUCCUGCAAUCGAAUGGUACUGGAUAUGCUUGGUGAGACCCUAUGUAUAUAUGGUGGGAGCAGGAGUACUAACUAUUGUCUCCUUCAUGGUUGUCUGGUCUGAGUGCUUAUUCUUUAUAAAGGAACCAGUACUCUCACUGUUUGCUGUGUUUAUCAAUCUGGCAAGGGAAAACUAUGACUAUGUUUAUAUUGAGCUGGCUUCAGUCCUGACUAUAGCAUACCUUUGCUUCUGUGCAUAUUUCAGUGUGUUUAAGAUCAGAGUUCUCAAUCUGUAUUACAUUGCUCCACACCAUCAGACCAAUGAACAUAGUUUAAUAUUUAUUGGCAUGAUGUUAUGCCGUUUAACACCACCAAUGUGUCUGAAUUUCCUUGGCUUAAUUCAUUUGGACAGUCAUAUUAUUCAAGAUAAGAAAAUUGAAGAAACGUCUUAUACUAGAAUUAUGGGUCACAUGGAUGUAAUUGCUAUUAUUUCCAAUGGCUUCAAUAUUUACUUCCCAAUCCUGAUUGUGUUACUUUGUAUAUGUACCUACUUCCACCUUGGAAAUCGUAUUCUCAGUGCUAUGGGAUUUCAGCAGUUUAUCGGAGAUGAUGAUAUGACCCAAGAGUUGAUAAAUGAAGGAAAAGAGUUGGUUGCUAGAGAAAAAAGAAAAAUGGAAAGAAAAAAUGAUGCUGAAGCAAGAAGAAAAACUUGGACUGAAAGAUUUGGUGAAGCUUCAUCUAACAAGGAUGUUCCAUUAUCUGCUGAAAGAAGAGAACGCUACACUGUGCCACGAAGUCCAGAUGAGGAUGACCGCUCAGAGCUUUUAAGAUCUAUUGAGCCUGUAGAUUUCAGAGAAGAUGCAGAAGAUGGUUUGUAUGCUGGAGGCCAAAACUAUGGAAGGGGAAUGAAUAGAAAUGAAAAUGGAGGAUAUCAGUCCAGAUUGUCAAGACCAACCAGCAGUCGCCCCUCUGGAAGGGCACCAAAAGGAAUUUUUGAUGAUGUGUGAUGCCCAAGCACAAAAUCCUCAUUCAGACAUCAUUAAACUUAUGUUUGACUAUGACUAUUACUACAGCAUUUCAGAGUUUGUAUUACUAAUAUUAGUUGUGAAUUUACAUUAGUUGUGAAUUAAUACAUUUUAAAUAGAUUUAACAUAUGAAGUGUCCAUGGUAUUCAUGUUCUAUGUUUACUGUAAUAUUGCAGAAAUUAUUAUUGUUACAUAAAUUAAAUAUAGAUAUUGGAAUAAUAGCAAAAAAAAAAAAAAAAAAGAACAGGUAUGAUAACUUUAAUUGACUGAAAUUUAAAAACUUAAAAAUUCAGUUAUCUUUUUUUUUUUCACUUUUUGUGACUAUUACGGUACUGUCUUCUUUCCAUGGACUCUUCAAAUGAAAUUGAAAAAAUUCUUUUCAUAAUUGUAACCAAUGUAAAACAAAUGUCUACCGUAUAUAAAAUGUAAAAUCUUUAUCAAAUGCAAUACGUUGAAGUGAACUGUAAUAGAUGAAGCGAUUGUAUCUCCAACAAGGAAUUUAUUGUUUAUUAGUUUGUGUGUGUGAGUGCAAAAUGUUAUUAAUUUGUCUCUGUAAAUAUUUAUUUGGGUAAAAUAUUAUUAUUUAAUUUGCUGUGUGUCUAAAGGAACAUUCCUUUUAGUUUUGAAUAAUUUAAUAUAUUUUUAGAUACAUAUGUUGUUAAUAUUGUUAAUGUUCAGCAAACGGUUAAUAUUUUUUUUUGUUUAACUUUUUUAUUUUUAUUGUGGAUGAUACUGAAAUAUAGUUUGAUUGUUUAAAUGUAAAAUCUCAUUCCAAUAACAAAAAUUCCUUUUUUUUUUGUGUACACAAUUUUUUUUAGUUUUUCUUUUUCAUUGUGUAUAUUAUCUUGACUAAUGUUGACUAAUAUAAAUAUAUAGAUAUAAAAAUCAUUUGGAAGUAUGUUUAAAUGGUUAAUGUGAGAAUCCAGGAUAUUUUUUUGGGGGGAAACUAAAUAUAAAACUCUUAGCUUAAUUUUAUUUGACUUAAUUUUAUGUUAGAUCAAAAUAUUGUAAUGUAUUUAUUACAUUGUGCUAUUUAAAAAUAUUUCUGAUAGUUACAUAAAUUAUAAAUUGUUAAUCACAACAAAAACUUUUUUUAGUGUUAGAAUUUCUUUUAUCUUAGAUUACAGAUUUAUUCACCUAGACAAAUAGUUAUGGUGCAAAGUAUAUAUAUUUAUUUUUAACUUCUUCUUUUUGAUACAAAUGGUCACAUUUAACAUUCAUCUAAAUGUGGUUGGUUGGUCAUUGAUUUGAAUUUGUAGCUCCAGACAGCUAAUACAACUAAACUGAUGGCAUAUUAAAUUCUUAGUAUAAAACUUUAAAUAAACUUGAACAGACUUCUUUUUAAACAAACUAUAAUGUUUAUUUAGAAAUAUACAUAGAUAUAACUUGAAAUGAGGUAUAGAUCUAAUAGUAACAAAAUGAAAUAUUUAAACAAAAUCUCAUUCACUACAAUUACUUGUCUUAACUGUCUCAAAUCUGUGAUAUGUCUCCCAUUCAACUAUCCCCACGUGACUUCUAUUAACAUGAAUUAUGACAGACUGUGUGGUGGUUUCAUCAAAAGUAGCUGCUUCCUUUCCUCAUCGUUACCUUAGAAACACAUACAAUUGCUCCAUAACCCUAAGUAUUUAAAUUAUACUUUCCAAAAAAAUUAUUGUAUUUAGAAUGAUCAAUUAAUUGAUUUCUUUCAUUUGUAUUAUAUGUGGCUUGUGAGUACAUACUUAACUUCCUGUUUCUAGUUGAUUACCAAAAAUUGAAAAAAAAAAAAAGAUCUUUAUUGUUGAAAUCCUUUAUUGUCAUUCUUUUAAGACAAUUCAUCUCCAUGAUCUCAUUGUGUUUUGUUUUUGUUGAUAUUUCUACUUUUUUUUUUU